UGCAAACAAUAACAAGUUAUUGUUUUUUAUUUUAAUGAAUUAACUAGAUUUAUGAAUAAUACGAGUAAUAUAAAAUGGCUAAAACGUAUCCGUGGAAAUGCUGCAGAUUUUGUCUUAGCGAGCAGUUUUUGCACCAGAUAUUUACAAGACCGGAACAUAGCGAGAAAUAUACUAAGGUGAUCGAAGCAACUACUGGAUUAAAAGUAGAGAUAAAUGAUUCAUUAUCACAAGAAAUAUGUAUAACAUGUGUAGAAUUUAUAAACGAAUCAUUUAGAUUCCAAAAACGAUGUGAAUACGCACAAAAUACACUUAUAAAAUGCAAUUCGGAUGGAAUCAAACCUGAAUACAUUUCUAACAUAAAAACUGAGUAUAAACACACAGAAAUCGACAUAACAGAGCUUUUACCUGAUGAGGAUUUUAAAGAUUAUGACGAUAAUAUAACUUUAGAUGUAAUAAACACAUAUGAAAAUUGUAAUGAAACACAAUAUAAUACAAAAUCUAUUAAAACUAAGAGUAGAAGUAAAAAAAAUGGUACUGUAAAAACUAAAAGAACAGUAAAGAAGACUGAGAAGGAAGGAGAAGUUACACAGAAGAAGGAAGAGAUUGAAUGUGAAUUUUGUCAUAAAAUAUUAACAUCAAAGUUGUCAUUACGGAACCAUUAUAAAAUACACACGGGAUUUGAUGUUGUCUGUGAGCAUUGCGGUAAAAAGUUUAUAACCCGUCGUCUCCUGUUGAUGCACUGUAGAGCCAAGCACGGCUAUGAGAAGACAGACAAGUGCUCCUUCUGUGACUACAAGGCUUCUAAUGCUGAACAGGUUAAGAUACAUGAACGCCUGCAUACUGGUGAGAGACCGUUUUCAUGUGGUCAAUGCGACGCAGAAUUCCACCGUAAAAGCAGCUAUCUCCAGCACAUCGCUAUACACCUCCCAGAGAAAACUGUACAGUGCAGUCAGUGUCCAGCGCGCUUCAAGUCGCUGACAUUAAUGCGUAUUCACUUACACCGGCACCGCGCGCCGCAGUAUACUUUCCGUUGCGCGCUCUGCGAGGGCAGGUUCUCGCGGCGGCGGAACGCGGCCAGACAUCUACAGCGUGUGCACGGCACGGAUCCGACCCAAGAACAUAUACAGCGUGUUAAACUUGCGUGAAAAUAAAUCUUCUGAUAGCUUACUUGGGUGUAUUAUUGAUUUUUAAAAUUUUUGUAAUUUAAACAUGUUAACAGCGACAACGGUUAGUUAGAGAAAAAAAGUGACGAUCCGUGUAGUGGGAGUUAGUUUUGGGUAGUACACGUACGAUGUACUAAAAAGAAAUGUUACACGACACCGUACUAAAAGUAACGUUACCUAACGGCUUCUGUUAAUCGG